CUCGGAGGCGGCGUUGCCAGACUUUAGUCGAGUGAACAGCUGUUCUGCUAUCAGUUGAAGACCAAAAAAGUUUUUGUCCCUGCGUAAUGUAAAUUGUAAUGCGGAAUUGACGGCCCCGCCACCGGAAACCCGAAAACCGGAACCUGGAGCCAGGACAACGGAGUCACCAUGAGUGAUGCGGCCUAUCCGGGCUUCUAUGGCGGCAGUAGCAGCAGCAGCCAGCUGCACUUGCUCCCGCUGUCGCACCCCCCGCACCCGUCGCACCAGCACCAACACCAGCUGCAGCUCCAGCACCCACACCCGGAACUCUCGCUCUCCACGCCGGUUCACGCCCAGGAGCACGACUCCACGACCUUCAAUGGAUUCUUCGAUGACGAGCUGGGGAUCGGUUGCAACACAUCCGUUUCCGCAGCAGCCCCUGGGAACACAGCCGGUACAGCUGUCUGGCUGCCCGAUGGAGAGAUAACGGCAGCGCCGCCUCCACCACCGACGGAGGGCAUUCCAUUUGUCCAGAUCCACACGACGGAUCUUCAUCAGCAGCCGGAGAAGAGUUAUCGCAACGCCUUUCGCCGUCGCACAGCCGAGAUCAAGUCAGAGGCAGAGCUUAUCAAGUCAGAGCUGGCGGAGGCCGCUGCCAAGGAGCGUCUGAAUGCUACGCCUACGCCGCCCACACGCAACUCCAGCUGCCAGAGUGUGGAGGGCAAGACGGAUGGCCCUGGCCCGCCUCUGAUUCUGCGCUGCCCCAACUGUCCAUUCCUCACCCUUUGUCAGGUGCGGCUGCAGCAGCACCUACAUCUGGCCAGCUGCUACGGAUCAAGUGAGCAGCGGCAACGACCAUGUCCGGGCUGUUCUAACUUAUUUUACAGCAGCGAUGCUCUUAGCCUGCACCUCAGCCUGGAUCACCAACUAGAGGACGACGAAAUACUGGUACUGCUCAGCGAGAAGCCCAACGAAGUGCAUGCCAAGAAUCAAGCGCAGUCCCAGAUUCAGGGCCAGAAUAUAAGCCAAAGCCAGCCCAAGAGCCGCAUCUUUAUCAAGAGCGUCGACUGUUUACGGGAACCACAGCAGCAACAGGUGAACGUAAACUCCCUGCCUAAUUUCCCGCCCUUGAUGUCAGACAGCAACUCUACCGGCAACAUCCUGGACCUGUUGGAGGGCGUGGCGGUGGGCGCUUCGCCCAGCGAACAGGCCAUGCCACCGGCACCUGCGAGUGCACCAGCACAACCGCCGAAACCCAGCCAGAAAAUCUCCAUCAAAAGUGUCGACGUGCUCAGAGAACCGGCGCUGCUGCCCUUCGACUUCCAGCUGCCGAAUCAUUCGCUCAUCACGCCCAACAGUCUGGUAGACGUUCCCGCUGUGGGUGUGGUGCCCGAGAAGCCGCGGCAACCAAAGAUUUAUAUCCGCAAUGUGGACAUCCUCAAGGAGCCAAUGGUUUUGCCAUCCGCCCUGCCUGGGUUGGGAUUCAACGGCAGUCUUCCGGGUGCAGUUGCUCAGGGGGAUCCAGGAGCAAUGACAACCGGAGGAGGAGGAGGAGGUGACGUCUUCCAAGCAGAUCCCCUGCUGACGCCCACUUGCCCGCUGCCGGGAUUCGAGCCUAGCCUCGCGCCCUUAGUCCCAAUGUGCUCGGAGGUCUUUCCUUUUGACUCAGUUCUGAGUGGGAAUGGAGGAGCGGUUUCCGGACUAGACAACACUCGUUUCAGCGCCCUGGACCUUGACUUCGGCGUGGACUUUGUCUCAGACGAGACUCCGCCGCCUCCUCCGCUACCACCGCCUCUGAACGGCUCCAUGGAGCCCCCUAUGCCUAACAUGGGGCCGCAGCCCGUUGAGAUGGAGCAAUACCUGGGUCCCACGGCUGCCGCUCCCAUCACGACCAAGCAGAAGAUUUUCAUCAAGAACGUAGAUAUUCUAAAGGCCCCACAGAGAGGAACGCUGCAUCUGCGAACCGUGGACGAGCUGAACUUGAUGAACCGCACCGAGGUGGAACACCUCAUAGUGCCCAAUCUGGAACCUAUGGCGGCCAUGUCGAUGAUGGAGCUCCCAACCGUCGAGCAGCAUCAACAGCAGCAGCAACAGCAGCCACUGGAGUUGGAUCCCCAAUCGCUGGGUGACUUUCAGCCCUCCAUCAAUGGGAGUUGGCCCAGCGAGGAUGGAUAUGACUUGGCCGAGGACCUGGAAGGCUGGCCCUGGAUGGAAGAGGCUGUGCCAGAUGCCGGAGUUGCUGCACUCGCCACUCCUAACGAGGCGGCAGGAGAUGAAGGUGUAGACACGCCGCAACUCGAGGGUUUCUCUCAUGCUGCCGAGGAUCUGCUGGUCAAGGACUUUCCGCAGCUGUAUGUCUCGCCCCCGGAGGAGUAUCAAGGCACAGGGGCUGAAGUAGGAUCGGGAGGCGGUGCGGUUGUGCCACCUCUGGUGCCUGUCACAAUAUCCGGCGAAACGCCUGUAGCGGCCCAAAGCACAACACUGAACAGCUUGCCUGUUCCUCCGCUCGUGCCUUUGGCGGCGGAAGCCACAACAACGCCAGCGGAGAAACCCGCUCGCAUAUAUGUUGCUAGCAAUCUUUUGCCCACUGCCGUAGAGCCACCAAUGCCUGGAGGAACUUCUGUCCGCGGGCGUCCUUACGGAGCCAAGCACUCAGGCGGCAGUGCUGCGUCAAAAAGGAGGCCACCGCAAGGCUCCAGCCAGGUGCCCGAGGGUGGCAAGUGCCAGGUGGAGGGCUGUAUGUUCCGCUUUAAGUCACCUGCCACCCUAGAGUACCACGGAAGGUGUCACAACGGGCUGCCCAGCUCCAGCCAACCAAUGGUUUGCCCGGAGUGUAAGUCAAGCGACUUCAGCAACUGGAACUGCCUGCACACGCACCUGUGGCGCACCCACCAGAUCGACAUGGAGCUGUACUGCUGUCAGCUGUGCAGCUUUAAGACCCCUAUCUACUCGCGGCUGGUCAACACGCAUGCCAAGAUCCACUCGGAGGAGCGCAACUACAAGUGCGAGCAGUGCGGUAAGGGCUUUAAGAACACCAAACAGCUGAAGAACCACAGACGGCUGCAUCGUACCCAGGGACUGGGCAUGGGCAAACAUGGGCAGGCCGAACAGGAUCAGCAGCAGCAGGGGGUUUCCCUAUCCGGUACAGAGACCGCCGUUAUGAUGCAUCGCUGCGAGGAUUGUGGCGCGGCGUUCAAGCAGCGGAAGACCUUGAGGGAGCACCUGUGCAAGGAGCGCAACGAGCAGCUUGAGUGUCCUGAGUGCCAGCGGGUGUUUGGCUCGAAGAGCAGCUUACGACUGCACUUGCGGACGCAUCAGGAGCGAAAGCGAUUUCGCUGCGACACCUGUGAUCACGAGACGAGCGAUCACAACGCCUUUCGGCGGCAUCUGGGUACGCACAAGGAGCACAAACGUUACUCCUGUCCCCACUGUGACUUUAAGGCCAUCCAAAGCACUGCCUUUCGGAUACACCUCCAGAAGCGCCAUCCCGAGCAAGAGUUGUCCUCAAUCAUCUACAAGUGCGAUCAGUGCAGCUUCACGAGCAUCAAUCAAGGCCUGCUGCAGGUUCACCAGGCCAAGCACGAAGCACCAGCAUCAGCUCCAGAUAAAACUCCCGCUGGAAACUCCUCACAGAUUAAGGUUGAGAGGCAGUUGGUGCGCGUACAUUCCAACACAAAGGUGGACCUGCAGGCUGCUUCCUAAAGAGAAGAAUCGCAAAAGGCCAUCUGUAUAUAUGUUAAUAGGUUUUUUUCGGGAGAGUUAACAAAUACACACAAAGUGCCGUUUAGUUUUUA